AUGGCCGUUUACGAAUUGGGAAUGGAUAUCGUCGGACCACUACCGCCGGCCUUUGGUCCUUAUCAGAAGAUCGGCGAACGUGAGGUGGUGGAUUUCUUGCGGGAGGACAUAAUUUGCAAAUUUGGAAUGCCAAAAGAGAUAGCCUGCGAUAACGGGCCACAAUUUAUAGGCGCAAAGCUCACAAAGUUUCUUAAAGACUUGAAAAUCAAAAGAAUCAAAUCUUCGCCCUAUCAUCCAAGCGCAAAUGGUCAAGCGGAAUCAACGAACAAAGUGAUUAUACAGAAUCUCAAGAAGUGGUUGGAAGCGGCCAAAGUGGAAGUAGGGGAUCCCACCUUGAGAUAUUUCCAAGCAAAUGAAGAGACAAACAAUGAAGCAAUGUUAAUCAACUUGGAGCUACUCGAUGAACGCAGGGACUUGGUGCAUAUAAGAAUGGUAGCCCAAAACAAGAGAAUGGAAGGGAAGCAAGGUCCAACCUGGGAAGGCCCCUACCGGGUUUCAGCUGUCACCGGGAAUGGUUCGUAUGAGUUGGAGAAUCAGAACGGAGAAACGUUGCCAAGCCACUAG